UGUGUGGGAGCAAGAAGGGCACUUUGCAGGCACGAGACACGGCGCGCAGGCAUGGACGCAGCCUCCAGCCCAAGUAGUGAGCCUCGCCCUGGUCCAAGCGGACUCUCCAUUCACGCCACGGUGGCACUCACCAUUGAAUGUGCCGGGAAUGGCCGUUCAUCUAACGGUUCGAGCGAAACCCCUCAGCGACCCAGGAAAAGGCCACGGAGGCCAGAGGCUUGGAAGCGUACUGUGGCCAAAGCCAAGAGAGCGCGGGGGGAGGAGUACGUGUCCCCAUCCACAGGAAAAACGGUCGCGGCCAGGACGACUGGACCACCGUGCAGCUGUAGACAGAAAUGCUUCGAGCGUUUCAGCCAAAGAGAAAUGGCCGACGUCCUAGAUUCCUUCUACGAUCUCGAGGACAAAGAGCUACAAGAUGCUCAUCUUUUUGGGCUGAUCCGACCCAACGCGGUCAAGAGGCGCCGUCCUCGAGCCGGCGGGAAUACUUCGAGGCUAGCGACGUACACUUACACGGUUCGCAGUGUUGGGAAGACCGAAACAGUCUGCCAAAGGGCAUUUGCAUCUCUUCACGGUAUCUCAAUUGGUCGUGUCCGUCGAAUUGCAAAGGCUUCUGCAACAGCAAUCUGCGCACCAAAAGACAAGCGUGGACAACACAAGAGAGUGAAAAAGUUUAAAUUUUUUCUGCCGUUGAAACUUUGAACAAAGCAGCAUUCUUUGAACAGUGUUUCCAUUCGUAUACACCACAUAUGAUACACAGUACAAUAUACGGAUGAUGAUGUUCAAUACACACGGAAAAGGUGGCAACAGAUGAAACAAAAAUGAUUUAGUCAGCAUCGUCAGAUGAAGAUUCACUGUCUAGAAAUGGUGCAUAGUAACCUUUGUAGUGCAGGGGUACAUACUUGUCUACGAUCUUCCGUAGAUCUUUAAUUUUCUUAUCUUUCAGUGGAACUGCUGCUGUGUAUUUUUUAGCAUUAGCUGGUUCUGGGAGGUGUGGUGUUGCAUUGCGUUUCACGAUCGAGAAUUUGUACCAUUCUCCUUCUGGCACAUACCUAAUCCAUACUUCAGUAGGAUGUGCAUUGGAAUACUCGAUGACUCGUGCCCGCGAGAUGUGUAGUGGCCUUUUAGUGUUGUCCUUAACAACCUUCUUAAAAAAUUGAGAGAAAUGGGCAGACCAGUCAAGAAACAUUGUGUUGUUGCAUGCCACCACUUCGAACGGCUUUCGUAUCCGUGCUUUUCUAAUAACCUCCAUCCACUGCUCACAUGUAUAUAUCCGUUCCUGCUUUCUUUUCUUCAUUUCUGUUCUACCGAAGUCACGGUCAUUUGGAAGGAAACUGUGCCCUCUGACAGGGAAUACAUGUGUGAUUUUAGAAAACUUCCCUGUAUGCACUAAUGUGUAAAGAUAGUGCAUGACAUUACUGUUCUU